UGCAGACAUGUUGAAUAAGAAGAGAUACAUUAUACCAGUGCUGAUACUAAUGUUCCCAUUAGUUCUCUCGUUAGCCAUCAUACGUCACGCUGCCUCCUUUCUUUUCAGAGCACUCAAACCAAAGAAUUAUCCUCCUGUAUUGAGGACGCCAGAAGAAUCAUUUGCUGGCCUCAGUGCCCUUGGUUAUACAUUUGAACCUAACUUCAUAGAACUGUGUGGAGGUAAUCUCCAUCUACCCAGAGUACACUAUGUAGAUGAGGGCCCUCCAAACAGUGACAGAGUAAUCCUACUGAUACACGGAGAACCUACGUGGAGUUUUCUCUACAGGUUCAUGAUAAAAUCAUUAGCUUCCAAGGGAUACAGAGUUAUAGCGCUUGAUUUUAUAGGUUUUGGUAAAAGUGACAAGUACUCCUCGUUAGACAUGUACACACACGAUCUCCACACUCUCACUCUCAGACUCUUCAUUGAACAUUUAAAGUUAAGUAAGAUAACGCUAGUAGUACACGAUUGGGGUGGCCCGGUUGGUUUAUCUGUUGUGAAGGAUAUUCCUAACCUAAUCGACAGCCUUUGUAUCUUAAACACGGUGCUGCCCUGCAGAGAAGACACAGGACUAAAGCACCUAGUCAACAUGUUCCACUUUCUUACCUGGUCCGCUGUUAUAUUCGUCUGUCAGACCCACCUACCUCUGGGGUACCUACUGGGGUACGCUAGUAUUGAUAGUAAAACUAGGCGGGGUUACACUGCUCCCUUCCCUAACUACAGAUACAAAGCAGGCGUAGCACGGUGGCCCCAGCUAGUACCCAUGUUACCUUGGGGAUGUAAACGUAUUAUAGAGGACAUGCGGAGCACGAAACGUUUCCUCAGAAAAUGGGAUAAACCUGUUCUCCUGCUGUUUAGUGACGACGGUAUCAGUGGGAGUGGUGCAAGCAAAGAUCUGUUCAAAUCACUGUUCCCAAACGGUGAAGAUAUCCCUAUUAAGGGCGGGGGUCACUUGUAUCAGAAAUUUAUCCAGGAAUUCAAAAGCGACGAGUUAUCAGAUCAUUUGAUGAGAUUCCUCAGAAAACAUUCAGCUGUAAAGUGAUCCUACAACACCUUCUUUCUUUUAAAGCUGCCUUCUAAUCUUCUCAUCCAAAACUCAAUGAACUUUUGUGUUAGUGUUGGAGCUAUAUUGAUGGUAAUACGGCAUCUUAGCUCCUCGGUAAUGCUCCCAGAAUUUCAAUUUGUCUUUAUAGUACAUUGUUAAUUUCCUUUAUCAGCUAUGAAUUUGAUGAGGACAGAACUAUUAUUGGUCUGUAGAAGUGAGGAAAUGUAAUAAUUUGUUCCUAAUAAAGACGAUCUUAUUUUUAAUAGAUGGUAUUCAAUACAGGACUCACAUGGUUUGUUGACCUGUGUUGUAAAUUUGCUGUGUAAUUUGCUAUUAAUUUUCAUGUUA